AUCCUCUUUCCACUAGUUCUCAUAUACGCUUUUCUUGGUGUGUCGCUGACUAACCUCUGUUCACUAACCGGCAUUGCUUGCAUUCCUAUCCAACGCUGGAGACACUUCCAUUAUUUGCUCAACUUCAUGCUUGGUUUGGCUGUUAGUGCCUUGUUCGCUGCCGCCGUCAUGGUCCUCAUUCCUGAAGUAAGUGCAUUUGUAACAAGCUACUCACUUGAGGAGGUUCCCUUGGAAUUCGGUGGACAAGGCUUCGGAUAUCUUCGCAAACUGGCUUUCAUUCCUACUGGUCUAUAUCUUUUCUUCAUAAUUGAAUACCUACUUCUUAUUGCUCCUCGAGUAUUCAAGGUGGGUGCAGCAAUUGUACUUAUCCACAAUGGCUAUAUUCCUACUCUUGACAUACGCAGUGCAUCAGGACAAGAAGAGCAGGCAGUCGCGAAGGCAUCAAGUUGUCCUUGCUGCACUCUCGCCAAUUUCACUGAAGUCAAGCCUGUGGCAUGGAUGAUCCUAUUGGGUGAUUCAGUGCACAAUUUCAUGGAUGGCAUAGCCAUUGCAGCUGGUUUCACCCAGAGUCCUUCGAUCGGUCUCACCCUUUCUCUCUGUGUCCUGCUUGAAGAAUUGCCCCACGAGUUGGGUGAUUUCGCUGUUCUCAUCUCCUCUGGCUUCUCUAUCAAAGCAGCCCUUUGUGUCAACUUCAUAUCUGCCUGUUCAGCAUACCUUGGUAUGAUUGUUGGAUUGUUAAUUGGUGAGGCUUCUGGAGACGGGUCUUUCUACGUGUUUGCUGCCAUGGCUGGUGUCUUCCUUUAUAUCAGUCUUUCAGACAUGUUGCCCGAACUUCGCAGAUCCUUGGAGAAGGCGGAGAAGCACAACAAGUCCUCCCUCGUAGUGUUCCUCCUGGAAUUCGCUGGUCUCAUGGUGGGCUGUUUCUGUGUUGUCUUCGUAAUGCUGUACAGCCACUCCUUCAUGCAUUAA